UCUUCCCUGCUUUAUGGGCCUUCAGUCCUGCUUCUAGGAGCCUGAGAUGAACUGUCCUAGCAGUGCACUUCACAGCACUUAAUGUUUCCCAUUCCUUUUGAAAGUCACUUCAUGUCAUCCUCUAAUUCAUGAGGUCCUCCUGAUAAGCUGACGGUCAUCUCUGGCAUUAGAAAGUCACUUCCGCCCUUUUCCUGGCUGGUUUCUGGUCGUUCCCAGUGCCUCCUGCUUCACUCUUGUUCUUGCGUACUGCUGUCUGAGAAACGUUGAGCCUGGAAGCAACCUGUCGUUUAGUGUAGCCUUCUGCCGGCAGAACUAGGAUUAACCCAGCAUUUAACUACGCUGUUUUUUUUUUCUUUUUAAAUGUGGUCUUUUUCUAGACCUGUAUUUCACUGUAAGUUUUCUCACUGGAAUAACCAGUGUUGCCUCUUUAUUGCUAAAUUAAGUUCCAGUUAAGUGAGUUGUAGGUUGGGAGAUUUACAGAAUUGGUGUUCAGGUCCAGCUCUUCAAAAUAGUUAUGAAAAGUGAACUUGACAUGUAGUAGUGAAUCUUUCUGGUGAAUGCUGGCCUCUAGUCAAAAAUAAUGUAUGGACCUAAAUUGGUGCUUAACACGUUUCAUAUUUCUCUUGAUGUAAAUUCAUAACCAGCCUACGAAUUUUAUUUAUGAUGCGAUUGUAACAUGUAAAAUGCACAUUUAAGUCCGCCGUGUUGCAGGCUCGUUUGCCCAGACUGACUUGUUUUGAAAUGCAUGGCAACAGGUGGAUAACAUUUAAUCGGAACUGCAAUAAACAUGGGGGCGUUUCCACGUCUUAACCGCCUGGCUCGGUAAUGUUGUACUGCUUGGUCGUGCAUUGCGUAAUGUUUAUAUGGUUAUUUUGGGACGAGGACCCUGGGGCUUUUAAGCAUUUUAGGGAAUACGUUUCUGGAAGUCUGACUAACCGAGACGGAACGCGUGAUCCCUGUCUGAAUCACCGGGAUGUUCUUACUGCGAACUGAUCCCCAUCAGGCAGAUUUCGCAGGAACUGGGUGCAGACAUCCAGCGGCGCUGCGGCUUUCUGCCGGUGUUCUAUUUGCAUAUGACCGUCGAUCUGCUCGCCCGUUUUAUUCACACGCACAUGCCGAUUACUGGAGUGAGAUACGGAGAAGAUAUUUCCUCACUGUGCCUAACUUCUCAUGGCAUAUUGUGAUUAAUUUUAUGUGAAUUUUUAUUGCGAGAGUCUGUUUUUAUCUUGAUUCAUCAGGUAACAAUAUUAGAAGUAUCGAACAGCUUGUCCAAAAAGUUGCAAAACCAUGGAAACUGUACUACUUAAAAUUCUGUAGGAUUGGAACAGAGAAAAUACUGGAUAUACAUACGACUAUACAAUAGACAUUUUCCUAUCUACCAAAUGUGUGUCGUACAGUCCAACGGCAUGUCGCUCAACACCUGGAGAAAAUGACCGCUCCCUGGUUCACAUCUCAGCCCUCCUCCGUGACCAACGCCUCGGACCUGUUUGAGACGGGGAUCUCACAGUCUUACAACGAAACAUGCAGCAGUAGUGAUAGCUUUAAGUUUCUGGCUUAUACUUUCACGUACUGCAUUGCUUUCCCUGUGGGUCUUCUCUGCAACAUAGUCGCCCUUUUCGUGUUCUUAUGCCUGACGCCUAAAAAAUCAGCCAACACCGUCUUCACCACCAACCUGGCCCUGUCGGACAUAGGCUUCUCCCUCACCCUGCCGUUCCGGCUGGUGUACUAUCUGCGAGGCGGCCAGUGGGACUUCCCCGAUUGGCUGUGUCGCUGGUGCAUCUUCUCCUUCUACUUGAAUCUCUACACCAGCGUGUUGUUCCUCACGGGGCUCAGCGUGCUACGCUGCAUCGCUGUACUACACCCCAUGCGUAACAAGUCCCUCAUCACGGUCCGACGGGCCACCAGAGCCUGCUUGGGGAUCUGGGCGUUUGUGGCCAUCUCUUCUGUACCGUUCCUCUUCUCUGGGAUCAAUGAGCGUGAGGGGAAGAUCCGUUGCUUCGAGCCCAGUGGCUUAGGCUCCUGGAAGCGGAUCCUGGUCAUGAAUUAUGUCGCCCUGACCUUCGGCUUCCUGCUGCCCUUCCUUACCAUCCUGGUGUGCUACAGCUCCAUCAUGCGCAAGCUCAUUAAGAACGGCCGGAAAGUCAAACAGCGCAAGACAAGCAAGCAGAGGGCCAUCAGACUGAUGGCAGUGAUCCUGGCCACGUUUCUGCUUUGUUUCCUGCCCUACCACGUGGUACGCACUAUUCACCUUCACGCCAUGGUUGGCAUGAAACCUAACCAGCCUCAGUGGUGCAAUAUAAUGGAACUUCUCCAGAAGGUUUUGGUUGUGACCCUCUGCCUGGCAGCCGCUAAUAGCUGUUUUAACCCUUUGCUCUAUUACUUUUCUGGAGAGAGGUUCCGUGAAAACAUCCGGAACUCUUCCAGGUUACGUUCCCGCAGCUUGAACAGCUCAUUCAGCCAUGGGUUAUUUCCACAGUGGAAAGGCAAAGCCAGUUUCAGUCCCUAGAGGCUGGAUUAUCAGUCAGAAUAUACAAAGACGAGGAUUCAGGUCUUGAAUUACUAUUGAACAUUAAAACAAAAUCCAUCCAGCCAUUCUCAAGAACUACUUCUCCAGUAAGGAUAUUGGAGACCUGGAAUCUAUCCCAGGACGAAGAGUAAAAGCAAAUGAUUAAUUUCAAAGCCCUUAAUGAACUAAAUGUAACUCAAAGAAUAUGGUCUCUACUCUGCUAAUACGACUUGAGAUCUUCAAUGACAAUGAGUUGAGGGGCAAAAAAAAGAGUGUUUUAGAAACUGAUUUCAGUAGCAACCAUAUUUAUCACUUUUAAAGGUACUGUACAAAUAGAUAUAUACACUGUCAUUGAGGUUUUUUUGUUUAUCGUUAUUGUUUGUUACUUUUUGUCUUGCACUGAUACACAUGAAGGGUAAAUGGCACAGAAGUUUUUUCCCUCACUCAAGGCAAUCCACAGGCCAUAUACUGAGCUAGUUUCAUGUAGGAACAAUUUUAUUUCCACCGAACUCCACACGCCAACUGUACCACUGCACAGAAUAUAGUGCCAGGUAAAGCUGGGCAAGUACCUGAGUUUGCAAUGUCCGUUAUUGGCACAAAAAAUACUUGGUUCUAUGUGGCAUGGCAGAGAUACUUGGUAGAAACAGUUGGUGUGUGGAGUUUGGUGGGAAGAAAAUAGUUCCUGAGUGAACAAAUCUUGAGUAACCGGGUCAUGAUUUCUGACGAAAAAUGUUUUGUUUUUUUUUUGGAUGUUGGGCUGAACCGCCCCUUGAAGAAUAAACUUGA